GAGGUUUCGAUGAGAUCCAUCUGGAGCCGAGCAGAAAACUUUUCCCUUCCCUGUCCCCGGGUCCCUUUUGUCUUUCUUGGCAGCGGUGGCGACGCCUGAGCUGCGAAUCCCUGUCCCCGGCCCGGCGCACAGCGUCCGGUGACCUCCGAGGGCAGGAGUUCUCGGACGCUGUGCAUCCUAUGGCGGCGGCCCGCGGCCCCUCGACCCGCGGCGGGCACGGGCAGCGGCGCGCCCUUCCCCCAGAGGCUGCCGCCGCCCCUCGGGUGCCGGAGUAGGGACGCCCCCGCUCCCCUCCACGGUCCCGCGCCCCUCGCCGCCCGCCCCCUCGCCUGACUCAUUCGCCCGCGGUGUCCGCUGCUCGAGCCCCGCCGGGAUGGGGAGGGCGAGAGCGGCAGCCGGUGGCUGCCGAGAUUCCUGCUGACGCCCGGGACCUUGCCGCCUCCCCCUUCGCUCGUUUUCCGAGGCGCCAGACGUCCCAACAGCUCCAGGAGUGACAGCCCGGAGAGGCGACUGGACCUCUGAGUCCCCGCGUUCAGGACAGAAUAAAAGCCCAAGCUAUGAUAGCGACGGGUGGAGUGAUAACUGGCCUGGCUGCCUUGAAAAGGCAAGACUCGGCCAGAUCCCAGCACCAUGUCAACCUCAGCCCAUCUCCUGCUGCUGAAGAGAAGAAACCAGUCAGGCGUCGGCCUCGUGCCGAUGUCGUGGUUGUUCGAGGGAAAAUUCGGCUUUAUUCCCCAUCUGGAUUUUUCCUCAUUUUAGGAGUGCUUAUCUCUAUUGUAGGAAUCGCAAUGGCAGUCCUUGGAUAUUGGCCUCAAAAAGAACAUUUUAUCAAUGCUGAGACAACAUUGUCGACAAACGAAACUCAGGUCAUUCGGAACCAAGGUGGUGUGGUGGUUCGCUUCUUUGAGCAGCAUUUACAUUCUGAUAAAAUGAAAAUGCUGGGCCCUUUCACAAUGGGAAUUGGCAUUUUCAUAUUCAUUUGUGCUAAUGCCAUUCUUCAUGAGAACCGUGACAAAGAAACCAAAAUCAUACACAUGCGGGACAUCUACUCCACUGUCAUAGACAUCCACACGCUAAGAAUCAAGGAGCAAAAGCACAUGAAUGGCAUCUACACUGGUUUGAUGGGAGAAACAGAAGUAAAACAAAAUGGGAGCUCCUGUGCCUCCAGACUGGCAGCAAAUACCAUUGCCUCUUUCUCGGGUUUUAGGAGCAGUUUUCGGGUGGACAGCUCUGUUGAGGAGGAUGAGCUCGUGCUAAACGAAAGUAAGAGUUUUGGGCAUCUUAUGCCUCCUUUGCUCUCUGACAGCUCUGUCUCUGUCUUUGGCCUCUAUCCACCUCCUUCCAAGACAGCUGAAGAUAAGACCAGCGGCCCUAAGAAAUGUGAAACCAAGUCAAUUGUGUCAUCAUCCAUCAGCGCUUUCACACUGCCUGUGAUCAAACUUAACAACUGUGUUAUUGAUGAGCCCAGUAUAGAUAACAUCACCGAGGAUUCUGAGAACCUCAAAAGUAGGUCAAGGAAUUUGUCCAUGGAUUCCCUUGUGGUCCCUUUGCCCAACACCGGUGCGUCCUUCCAGCCUGUCAGCAUGGUGCUUCCCCGGAAUCAUUCCAUGGGGGAGUCACUGUCAAGUCAGUACAAGUCUUCGGUGGCCCUUGGACCUGGGGCUGGACAGCUCUUGUCUCCUGGAGCUGCCAGAAGACAGUUUGGGUCUAACACAUCCUUGCACUUACUCUCAUCACAUUCCAAAUCCCUAGACUUAGACCGAGGUCACUCCACCCUAACUGUUCAGGCAGAACAGCGGAAACAUCCAAGUUGGCCUCGGUUGGAUCGAAGCAAUAGCAAAGGAUAUAUGAAAUUAGAGAACAAAGAGGACCCCAUGGAGAGGUUGCUUGUGCCCCAGGCUGCAAUCAAAAAAGACUUUACCAAUAAGGAGAAGCUUCUUAUGAUUUCAAGAUCUCACAAUAAUUUGAGUUUUGAACAUGAAGAGUUUUUGAGUAACAACCUAAAGCGGGGAACUUCUGAAACAAGGUUUUAAUGUUAAAAAAAAUAUAAUCAUUUUACAAGGCUAUAUAUUUUAAAACUAUUUUCACCAGUGUUUCAUUGUUAAAGCAUUGGUUGUAAGCCUUUUUAAUCAAAUGGUUUAUAGUGUAUUAGAUAUGGCUGCUUAAUUUUGUAAUGGAGAUAGCUGUAUGUUUGGGUUACUAAGAUUGCAGUACUCUACAUUAUCACGAUUUUAUUUUUUCCAUUCCUUUGAAAGCAUGAUGUCUUUUCUUAAAAUGAAUAUAAAAUACUUCCAUCUGAAUUAAAGCUCCUUUUCUUUACUUUUAAGAUCUCGUUGAUGGUCAUAUUCAUAGAAUGACAUGUCCAGUUUGGAAAAGGAAGGGUAUCCAAGUAUGGACUAGAAGUACCAAAUUCAGGCCCAAGCCUCAAUAAAUAUUUAUAAAUGAGUGUGAGUGCGAAUCUUACGUAGGUGUGAUUUUUCUGAAUAACUGCUCUUAUAUAGGAUUGGUUAGAUUAUUUAAAAGGAAAAAGAUCUAGCUAGCUUCUGUCCCAGCUAAAUAAUAUGGUUUAGUUCUGUGUGAGCUAAUUGCUAUUGGUUAAGUUGGUAGUUACGUAGUAUUUUUUUCAACAUCAGUUCUAUUUUAGUGAUAUAUUAUCAAGAAACCAUGUAUUUAAGAGCCAUGGCUGAGAAUGGGAGAUAUUCUUAGGGGUAAAUAAUCAAAAUGCUGUCAGCUAUAACUUUAGAUAUUCAGAACUGAAAUUUCUUUGUGAAUGACUUGAAAAAUGAAUGGACCAAUUACGUUUUUAGAAAUGCUACCUUGAUACAAUUAAAUACAUGAAGAAACUGUUGACUAAUGAAUGAAAAUACAUUAUUUGCUACUUAAUGCUAACUAGUCUCAGUACCUUUUGUGAGCCAUCUCUAUUAUCAUCCAAUAUCCAUUCAUUUUCACAUCCUUAUUUGUCUCCAAUACGUUUUAGAUUCUCUUAUAUGGAAAAUAAUCAGCUAACCUUGACAUUUCCUUUUAUCUUCACGUAUCACUAGCUUGGUGGUUCAAGAAAAUUUAGUCCUUGGUAAGUUGCCUUGAAAUUUACCUUGUGCUGGAAAGCUUUAUGAUGACUCCAAAGACUUUCUAAUGAUAUAAUACAUUUUUAGGAUUGUGGUCCUCAGUUAUUGAAGAUAAUAAAUGUUAAAAUGGAUGUUUCCAUGAGAAAA